GGUCCACCUCAGAAACCGUCUGACCCGGAGCAGAGGGAGGGCUGGCCGGCGGAUCUCUCUUGCCCAAUUUUGGAAAACAAUUUGUGCAAUACUGCAAAAAAGCCCUGAGCUGCUUUAUAGACCGAGCAGCCCGACGAGGCUCAGUAGUGGUUUCUUCCCCGUUAGCAUUGUUAGCAUGGUUAGCAUCAUGUGUCUCCGAGGUCUCCUGCUGGUCGCUGGGCUGGUUCUGAGCAGCUGGGCUCUGACUCCUGAAGAAUGCGAGCCCCUGGUGACGCCUCGGUCCCUGGCUGACCCCUCCAUGAUGUACGGCAGGUCGAACUUCCUGGCGGGUUACAACGAUAACAAUGUGUUCAGAGCCAUCCUGAGCGAAACCGACAGCUCCCUGAUCAACAUCAGCGCGUCCCCGGCCGGCCCGCAGGAAGCCUUCAUGUCUCAGCUGAACAAAAUGAAAAGGAUCUGCAUCCAAUCGACGGUCAAAACAUCUUUUGACGGGGACACGGCCACAGUCUCUCACGCCAACAUCACCUCAACGUUCCACAUCCUGCCGAGCAGCGAUAAGUUCCUGGUGAUGAGCCUCAACGCCACCGCCUCCAACUGCAAGGUGAUGCUGAAGAGGAUGCAGAUAGACAGCGAGGACGCAGAGGACGAGAUCAGCCUCCGGGCCCUCUACCUGAUGGGCAGAGAGGCGACCCUGAGCGACUCAGACCUGGAAGAUUUCAAGAAGCAGGCGAGCUGCCUCGGGUUCUCCGGAGAACCACAUUAUAUCUACAAACCGGAGAACGGAGGCUCAGUCCUCUUUGUAGCUUUCCAUCAGCUCGGUAGCGUUUGUCCUGUUAGCAUCGUUAGCAUCUUUAGCAUCGUUAGCAUCAUGUGUCUCCGAGGUCUCCUGCUGGUCGCCGGCCUGGUCCUGAGCAGCUGGGCUCUGACUCCUGAAGAAUGCGAGCCCCUGGUGACGCCCCUGUCCCUGGCUGACCCCUCCAUGAUGUACGGACGGUCAUAUAUCCUGGCGGGUUACAAUGAUAACGAUGUGUUUAAAGGCAUCCUGAAGAACAUCCAGAGCUCCUGGUUGAAUGUCAUCAGCUCCCCCUUUGGUGCCCUCAUGUCUCAGUUUAACAAACUGUAUGGAAACUGUGUUUUCACCAGAGAAGCUGUCAACGUCACUUUUGACGGGAACACAGUAUCAGUGUCAUUCAUCAACAUGAGCACCACGAUGCACAUCCUGCCUGGCAGCAACAACCUGACGGUGACGAGCGUCAACAGCACCGUCAGACACUUUGACCUGGUGCUUAGAAAGUUGAACAUCACGAGUGAAAACACAAAGGAGAUCAACCUGCGCGCUGUCUACCUGAUGGGCAGAGAGGCGACCCUGAGCGACUCGGACCUUGAACAGUUCAAGAAGCAGGCGAGCUGCCUCGGGUUCCCCGGAGAACCAGAUUACAUCUACAACCCGGAGAACGGUUUCUGUACUGAAGAGGAGUCCACUAAGAUAUAGUUCUGAAGAGAGGAAGAACUUUGAGGAAAUAAAGAGACAAAAACUGA